UAAAAUAAAAAAACAAAACAAAACCAAAGAAGGCGUUUCUCUCUCUCUCUCUUUCUCUUUCUCUCUGAGAUCGUCGAUCGCCCUUUCUACGAUCAUAGAAUUGGAUUCCAUAUAGUCUUUUCUUGAAUUUAGCACCCAAAGGAAGACCCAGAUAUUUCAUUGGGAGAGAACCCUGCUUGCAGCCAAGAACGACCAGGAAAAGGUCAAUAUUAUGGACUACCCCAACCGGAACAAAUUCUGACUUGCCCAGGUUAAUCUUUAGACCCGACACCACCUCAAACCAGAUAAGAAUCAUACGAAGAAUCAAAAUCUGAUCGAAAUCAGCCUCACAAAAAAUUAGCGUGUCAUCCACAAAAAGGAGAUGAGACACUGCCCUGGAUCUUCCCUCCAAGUUACCCACACUAAAUCUUGACAUGCGUCCUUCAUCAACUGCUUUGUCCAACAUUCUUCCAAGAGCUUCUAUCACCAAAACAAACAACAAUGGAGACAACGGAUCACCUUGCCUCAAACCUCUGGUGUUACCAAAGAAUCCACAAGGAGAGCCAUUAAUCAAGAUGGAGAAACGGAUUGUAGAUAGGCAGAAGAAGAUCCAUUGUCUCCAUUUGGCAAAGAACCCACUUCUUUCUAACAUCUGCAGCAGAAAACUCCAACUUACAUGGUCAAAAGCCUUCUCUACAUCCAGCCUACAAAUCAGCCCUGGCACCCCAGACUUCAAUCUACUGUCAAGACAUUCAUUAGCAAUAAGAACAGGGUCAAGGAUCUGUCUAUCCCUCCAUAGUAACACCGUCCAACCAGGGAGCCUUAUCACCCUCCACCUCCUUCAGCACCUGAAUGACUUCAUCCCUAUCAAAUUUCCUGUCAAGAGAUCAUCUAUCAAUCUCGUCAAGGUGUUCAACAUGGGGCAUAGAAGUAUGUUAGCGGAUCAACAAGGCCAGAAUUAUCUCCAUUCUGAGCCCUGUAUUGUUUUGGGGGCCAAUGAAAACUUUGGACAACCUAAUAUCCGAACUAUGGUAUCAUCUUCAGGGAAUGCAACUAAUCUUGAUGUCCAAUAUAUAGGAGAGCACUAUGACAAUGCUAUGAUCUAUGGGAUGACCCAGUACAAUGGAAUUCAGCAUCAUCAUAAUCUUGACUUAGGCGUUGCACCUGCAUCCAACUUUUAUUAUUCUUACAUGACACCUUCCUCUGGUAGUGGGGCAUUACCUGUGCCCCGAAGUCAUGGGACCUCUGGUCAGUUGCCAUCUGCCAGCAAUUAUGGAGUCAUUGGAGUUUCUGCAGAUGAGCUUGGAAGGAACAUUCACUUUAUGGAUGAUGGCAGGGGUCCAUUUAAGAGAAAAUAUGCUGAAGGAAUUGCAGGGAGUUUCCAACAAAAUAAUGCCUCAUCUGGUUCUAGUUCUUCAGUCGCCCCCUCGAAUAUAAGGCAUCCUGAUGGGGUUGCUGUGAUGGAUGCUGCAUCUUUUGCCCUGCCUCAGUACAGAGGGGUUGCUACUACUCCAUCACUCAUCGAAAUAGGACCCCAGAAUAGUUUGAGGAACAGACCAGGUACUACUGGGAUGGAUUCUCUUUUGGUUAAUGACCAUAAUCAUUUGAUUCAAGGAAAUUAUAUGGGUCAGCAUUUUCAGCCAACUGGUACUCUCUGGUUGGACCAACAGUUGAGCAGUAAUUCUGGUGAUGGAGGUACUUCAGCCUGGAACCAGGCUCCUGCAAUGCCUUAUAUGCAUGGGAGCAAUGUCAAUGGAGGUCCUAUGGAGGCUCGGAGCAUGGGUGUGCAGAGAUAUCAUGAGACAGCUAGCAACAGAAGUUCCCCUAGUUUCCAGCAUCCUCCUCCCAUUAACCACCGGCACCACAGUCAUCAUCAUCCAAGCCCACCAAUGCAAGCAGUGAGAAGCCCAAAUAUAAACUUUCAUCCCCAAGUAGCUGCACCUUCAUAUAGAGUUUCCACAAAUUCUUCACGCAGCACUCCAACUCCUGCUCAGAACAGUUUUGAGAUGGGUCAUAGGCAUCCCGGAUCCGCUGCACCAACUGGGCUUCGGAUAUACCGUCCUCACAGAGGAGUUGCGCCUGAGGCAACUCUUAGACAUCGCAACCUUCCACAAUUGAGAGUUCUGCAGGCUGAUGAAACUGCCAUACUAGAGAUGCCAGAAUUUUAUCAAAUGGGAAAUUUGAUUGAUCAUCACAGAGAAAUGCGGUUGGACAUAGAGCACUUUUCUUAUGAGGAGCUUCUAGCGUUGGGAGAACGGAUUGGCAAUGUAAGUGUUGGGUUGUCAGAGGAGGCUAUCACAAGGCAGUUAAAGACAAAAACUUAUUUAUUAUCUUCUCCUAAUAUCAAUCUGGAGGAGGCAGCUUCUGCGGAUCAGGAAGCUGACUCUUGCAUUAUAUGCCAGGAUGAUUAUAAGAGCCAAGAGAAGAUUGGAAUCCUUGAUUGUGGUCACGAGUACCAUGCGAAUUGCUUACAGAAGUGGCUGCUUGUGAAGAAUGUCUGCCCCAUUUGCAAAUCUGAAGCAUUGACCACAGGAGGGAAGCAUGUAUAGAAAGGGGUGGUGACAGUAGGAGGAUCAAAAAGUCUUCCCUUUGUUCUUUUCACUAAAACAAUCAUAACAAAGUAUCAAAUUUGUUAUGUAUUUUGUAUAUGUACUUGCAUAUAAGACUAACAGUUGCACUGUCCAAGUCAUUUAUUUGUUGGCUUCUGGGACAUGGGUCCUGUAUCUAAACAAAAAUUGUACAGACUUCCUCAUUAUGCUCUUAAGCUGGAUUAGAUAAUAUUUUGUUCAUUUAUAUAUUGAUAUAUACUGGUGCAUUCGCGGAUUAA